GAAGCGCCGCCGUUCGUCGCCCACACCACGUGUGCUCGUCAUCCGCUCGCCCAAGCGCUCGCCCGUCCGCUCGCCCACACGCGCUCGCUGCCCGCUCGCUGUCGUCCGCAUCUACGCGCUCGCCGUCGCGAAAAGUCCGGCGAGGUGCAGGGACGUCGACGCCGCGGCUGCGCCCACACGCGCUUGCCGCCCACUCGUUUCCGUCCGCUCGCCCAGGCGCGCUCGCUGCCCACUCUUGCUGUCGUCCGCAUCUACGCGCUCGCCAUCACGAAAGGGCCGGCGAGGUGUAGGGAUGUCGACGCCGCGGCUGCGCCCACACGCGCUUGCCGCCCGCUCGUUUCCGUCCGCUCGCCCACGCGUGCGCGCAGCCCGCUCGACGCUGUCCGCUCGCCGCCGUCUGCACCUAAGCAGACGCCAAGACCGACGAGGUGUUGAGACAUCGGGACGGACUCGGGAGCAGCGUAUAACUACCUCAAAUCCAAGUUCGACACGAACUUCCCUUCCUCAAUGUCUUUCUGUGAGUCCAGUCGUAUUGGCCAACAUAGUUGGAGGACGAACGGCAAGAAGCCACCAACUCGGCACCCUCAUCGUGCCGCUGAGCAUCGACGUCAAGUGCACACUGAUCGGCCAUGUAUUUAACUGUGCACUCCCACAUAACCAUGGAUUGAUGCGAUGAUAAAAAAUGGAUCAUAAUGUUGGAUCAAGCCAUGAUGAGAAUUCUGAUGUUCGACCCUUAAAGAAAACAAAGAUGAGUGAAGAAAAACUUUCAGAUGAAAAAACAAUGGCAUCGCCAACCAGAGAGACAUUGUCUUCAGAUUCUGAAUUGAUAGAUAAGCAAGUGAGAGAAGAAAAAUUUCCAUUGCAUGAUGAACAACAACUAAAAGAACAGAACAAUGUUGUUGAUACAUAUGACUAUCUACCACAAGAUUAUACAUUGACCAAUAUGGACUUAUGUGCUCACAUAAUAAUUGAAACAUCUUCAAAAGAUGACUUACUGGUGAAGAUUGAUGAAAUAUCUGUGAAACAACAUCAGUUAUUGUGCCUCCUAGACCAAGCCAAAUGGUUAGACGAUGAUGUGAUCCGUGCUUAUAUAUGUUGCAUAAUUGAUCAAGUAUAUCUGCAAAAUAUGGAUAAUGCUAAGAUAUAUUUCCCGAUGCACGGCCUUGUUGAACUUCAUCGGAUAUAUAUUCUAGGGUAAAGUAAACAAGGCCUAAGUCUUUACCGGAAACUACACUGUCGGACAUCCCCACUCACCAUUUUUUUGGUACAACUUCCCUGUUCACUCAGUGUUAGUUGGUGCUAGCAACUUGAUUUACUGGAAGCCAAGGCCUUGCUGUUCCAGCUGUGAGCUGUAUCAGAGUCGGUCGCCGUACCACCACCUCGUCUUCUUCUCUCUGCGAAGGCACCGCCCAAUGACACGUGCGGCUGCCCAUGCAUGCAGCGUAGUAUUGUCUGUCGGGCUGCAGUCAAACAAUGCAGCGCAUGCCUUGCUUCGUUGAAAUUUACAGGCGAAUCUGCAUCUUUCUGUGGAGUUGGUAAACACUGAAGAUUUCACCCCAACCGACCGAGAAAAGAUAGUACUUGCAUUGCAACGCGCAUGCUGUGUACUAGCUAGUAGUGUAUAAAUGUACGUCUCGAGCUGUCAAACUUGUCGUACGUCUCACUGCAAGAGACGAGUAACGCCUUCCAGACCACAUUCACCGCUCUCCAUGCGACCAUAUCGAGUCGUUUAGGACUUGUUUAGAUA